CGAACCUGGUAUUUAUCUCCAAGCACCAUCAGCAGUUUUCACCUCUGAUUUCUGUGUGGCUCUUUACUUGCUAUUUUCCACUGAGCUUACUGGCGCUUUGCAGACAAUGUUCAGAGUCUCAGAACCAAGCCACAUAUCUGUGGUUUCUCUGCAUCGGACCUAAUUGAGGCCAAGUGAGGUACUCACCAAGGGCGUUCAGAGUGCGAAGACUACGAUAAAAGCAGCUGGCAAAGGAGUGAGUGGUCAAUGACGGCAGGAGGACAGGGAGGGAGGGAGACCCUGCAGAGGACUGCGGCGCCUGCAGCUCCCAUCUGAGAAUUCUGACCUGACAGAACAGAGACGCCCAGGACGACACCAGCGAUUCUAGAGACCACCACAUCCGCUCGAGGUUCUGCCAUGUAGCUCUCCACUGCACAGAACCAGCUGUAGCUCUGACCACAGGCCGCCCAUACCGGCAGGGGAACAAAGGCAGGAGGAACACCAUGGCCUCAGUGGCCCUCCAGCUCCUCGCCUUCAUCCUGGCCUUGUCUGGGGUCUCUGCAGUGCUCACCGCCACCCUGCUGCCCAGCUGGAUGGUGAACGCAGAUGCGGGCUCCAACAUCCUAACUGCCAUCACCCAGCUGCACGGCCUGUGGAUGGACUGCACCUGGUACAGCACGGGCAUGUUCAGCUGCACGCUGAAGUACUCCAUCCUGUCGCUCCCCAGGCGGGUGCAGGCCGCCAGAGCUGCCAUGGUCCUGGCAUGCAUCCUGUCCGCCCUGGGGCUCUGCACUUCCACAGUAGGCAUGAAAUGCACGCGCUUAGGAGGGGGCAGAGAGACCAAGCGCCACGCCGCCUUUGCUGGAGGCGUGUGCUUCGUGUGCGCCGGGAUCUCGGCCUUGAUCCCCACAGCGUGGUACACCAAGGAGAUCAUAGACGACUUUCUAGACGUGACAGUUCCAGAAGGCAGCAAGCAUGAACCUGGAGGAGCUGUCUAUGUAGGGUUCGUUUCGGCCAUGCUCCUGCUCAUCUCUGGCGUUCUUUUCUGCACUUCCUACUCCCAGAAGAACCCGCAGCCUUGGCUCUAUCCGCGCAAGCAGCCACAUCUCUCCACUAGGCAGCCAGAGCCUGACUUGUCACCCAACCCGAAGGACUAUGUGUAAGCGCCGGUGUGAGGCACAUGCGCCGCGGCCUUCAGGGGCCCGAUCGAGCUGAACUUUAGACUAAAAUUGUAAGGUAACGUAAAAUGCCACACAACUAUCAUAGACACUGAUGUCUUAAGGUUCUUAUUUUCUCCUACUGCUCUUAUGUUUCAUUUAAAAGCGUAUAACUGAAAGAGGUCCCAACUGCAUUAAUAAGGCAAUUA